UGUAUGUGCGUGCACAUAGCAGGAAUUAUCGAGUUUAAAAGUGUGUGCGUUAGUUGAUAUAAAGAAUGCAACGCGUGGAAGGAAUAGUAUCUCUAUUAACUGUGUGCUUCGAAGUAGAAUCAUCAUCUACAGAUCGUGAGAAGGCAAAUUGAAAGGCAAAAAAGAUGCCUGAUAUAAAUCCAGAAGUACUCAACUCUUUCGGCUUUUGGGGCAGCAUCCUGGUGCUGAAACUACUGGCGAUGAUGCCUUUAACUGCACGACUGCGAUUUCGAAAGAAGAUAUUCGCAAAUCCAGAAGAUGCUGAUUAUGCGGGCAAAACUGCCAAGGUGGUUUACAAUGAUCCAGAUAUAGAACGUGUACGCAGGGCACAUCUAAACGAUUUGGAGAACGUUGUACCCUGGUUCAUAAUCACGUACCUUUGGUUAGGAACAGGACCUGCACCGUGGCUGGCUAAAACCCUGAUACAAACCUUUGUACUUUCUCGUAUCGGUCACACUGUGUCAUAUGUGCUUUUUUCACAACAACCUAUGAGAGCGAUAACAUUCUUUAUAGCGUAUGGAGUUAUGGGUUACGAAGUAAUUAAGACACUGAUGUAUUAUUCCUAAUAUAAUUCUGAAGCAGUCAAAUAUAUAUCUAAAUACGUAAAUAAUAAAAACACGAUAAAAGUUAUAACAGCUUUUUGGUAUCUGGGGAUAAAAAACAAUUUUUUGUUAUAUGUUCAUAAAGGAAUAUUUUAUAUUUUACAUUUGUAAAAUAUUGUUAAUAUAUACAUAUAUGUGUGUAUUUAAGUACAUGUGACACGUACAAGUAUUUUUAUAGAAA